UUGACAACCGUCCACUUCUGUCAGCUAUCACCACUGCCAACAUCACUUCAAAUUUUCACCUAUCAACUGCAGUGCCCAAACAGCCUGAAAGUCAGGCGGCAGCAGCCGUCUCUCAGGGUGACAUUGCCCAGCUGCAACGCUUCUUUGACCAGCACUCCGGUGACCGCCUGCUGGUGCUCACCGGGGCGGGCAUCUCCACCGAAAGUGGCAUUCCCGACUACCGCAGUCCCGGCGUGGGGCUGUACACCCGAACACCAAAUGAUGGCAAUGGAAACUCCUCCUAUCGACCGAUGACGGCCUCCGCCUUUCUCGGCAGCGCCGCCGCCCGUCAACGCUACUGGGCCCGGUCCUUUCUCGCCUGGCGGUCCACCAUCUUUGGCGCCCAGCCCAAUGCCGGUCACCUGAGUUUGGCCAGCUGGCAGCGGGCGGGAAAGCUGGGCGCCAUUGUCACGCAGAACGUCGACCGACUGCACCAGAAGGCGGGCAGCGAGCACGUGCUGGAGCUGCACGGCAGCCUCUACACGGUCCGCUGUUUGCGGUGCAGCCGGAGAAUUGCUCGAACGCUGAUGCAAAGUCGGCUUGAAGAGCUGAAUGCUGGGUUGCUAUUAGAAAAUGAAAAGCUGUUUAAGAGUCAACAAAACAGUCAGCUGGGACUGGGCGCCCGACCGGACGGCGACAUUGACCUGAGUCGGGCGGAGCACUUUGUGGAGCGCUUUCGUGUGCCCGACUGUGAUCAUUGCGCCCGCCAGGAGGGCAUCCUCAAACCGGACAUUGUCUUCUUUGGCGAGAAUGUUCCCAGAACAAUGGUGGAGGAGAUUGGCGGUCUGGUGGAGCGGUGUUCCGGUCUGCUGGUGCUGGGAACCUCGCUGGCCGUCUUUAGUAGCUACCGUUUUGUGGUGCAGGCGUUGGCGCUGCAGAAACCGCUGUUGCUGGUGAACAUUGGCCCGACGAGGGCGGACGGUCAAAACGGAGUUGUCCGUUUGGACGCCAAGCUGG